CCAGUGUUUCUUGUCCCACUCUGUGCUGGAGAGAGGAGAGACGUGGCGGACAAGGACCAGGCUCGGAUCGGCCGUGAUCCCAGUUUCUGGAAAGCGUGGCUGAGCCAGAGAGAAAGUGAAAGCAAGCGAGCGCGCGCAGGAGCGAGCCGGGUGCGAGACUUGUUUCAGCUGAACUACCUAUUUCAUCUUCAAGUCAUCAUGAGCUGUAAGAAACGCAGGUCACAGAAGAACUUGUUUGAUGUGAAAAAAAACAUGAAAAUAGAGAACUAUUUUUCUCAGGUCCCAAAAGAACAGCAGAAUAAUUCCGGUAUUAUUCAAAUGAAGAUGCAAUCUAGAAAAAGGCCAAGAGAUAUAACUAACACCCAGGAUCAAAGUUCCCACUCACCCAGGAAAACUCCAAAAGUCCAGACCACUUCUCCAAAUAAGAUCAUUAAUAUUAUCUUGGAUGUAAACCUUAGAAAAAACAAGAACAUGAAAUAUAUGCUCACACACAGCGAGGGGGGCAGCUUGCUGGCGGGGCUCAAGACCCUUGAUGCUGUCAGAAAAGCUAUGGAGACUCGGCCAGGUAAGGAAAUGCUGGUGCGUGGCACAGAAGGAAUUGAAGGCUUCUUAAACCUUGGAAUGCCACUCAGUUGUUUUCCUGAAAACAGCCACGUGGUAAUUACAUUUUCCAAAAGUAAAAGCAAGCAGAAAGAAGAUGGCCAAGUAUUUGGCCGGCUCAACCAGGAAUCUACUGACGUGGUCAAAUUUUACAUUCAUGCAAUUGGGAAGAUCAGAAAACGAAUUGUGAAGCGUGGGGAGCUUCACAAAGAAGGAAACAAACUCUGUGUCUAUGGUUUCAAAGGAGAAACCAUCAAGGACACCAUGUGCAAGGAUGGAAGGUUUCUUCCCUUUUUGGAGACUGACAAUUGGAAGCUCAUUGGUAACCUGGACUCCAUUCUAGAAAACUCACAGCUGAUAGAUGAGUUAGAAGGUAAGCUCUUUCAAGUUGAGGCUGAUCAAGUAAUGAACCCUAAGGCAGCAGCUGCUCAAAACAAUGAGUUAGAAGAAAGAAACACCCGUGUGUUGAAAGAGUACAUUGUGGAAGAGUAUCCCUGUUUGAAAAGAGAAAGUGAAAAAAUCAGGGAAAACUUGAAGGAAAAAAUGAAAAAAAGACAGAAGAAUACUUCUCUAUUUAAAUUGCAUAAAACAAAUUUUGGGAAACGCACAAAAAACUCAACUCCAGUGAAAGUAAUCAAACAUCUUUCACAAUUCAGUGACUCAGUGGGGUACAUAUUCUGGAACAAUAAUGGAAAUGGAGGCUGUGCCACCUGCUUUGUUUUUAAGGGAUUGUUCAUUUUCACUUGUCGGCAUGUAAUAAACGAUAUCGUGGGAGAAGGAAUAGAGCCAAGCCAGUGGGCAGAUAUAAUCAGUCAAUGUGUAAUGGUGAAAUUCGAUUAUGAAGAUACCCCAGUCACAAAAGACAACUGCUUUCUCGUUGAACCUUGGUUUGAGAUAUCUGACACAACUCUUGACUACGCUGUCCUGAAACUAAAAGAAAACGGACAAGAAGUACCUGCGGGACUGUAUAAUGGGAUUGGUCCUAUACCGUAUAGUGGUUUGAUAUAUAUUAUUGGCCAUCCAGAUGGAGAAAAGAAGCAUACUGAUGCUUGUGUUGUGAUUCCUCAGGGUAAACGAGAAGAGAAAUGUAAGGAAAAGAUUCAGAUGAGAACAGCAGCAGGUUACUAUAAAUCUGAGUUUAUCCACAUGUACACUCAAAGAAGCUUCCAGGAAAUGCUUCAAAAUCCUGAUGUGAUUACCUAUGACACCACCUUUUUUUUUGGGUCUUCUGGCUCUCCGGUGUUUGAUUCAAAAGGUUCCUUGGUGGCCAUGCAUGCUGCUGGCACCACGUGUCUGCUACUGAGUGAGAAGGCUCAUAUCAUUGAGUUUGGCCCGGCUAUGAACAGUAUCCUCUCAAAUAUUAAGCAAAACCAUGAAAGAUGGUAUAAUGAUGUAUUUCUAAACCAACAGGAUGUAGAAAUGCCAAGUCAAGAGUACUGAGGACUGGUGAGAAUUUAGUCCACUUACCAACUUUAAGGGAAUUGCCUAUUUUAUUCCAUAUUCCAUGGUCAAUUUCAUAAAACAUAUUAAUAAUCAAUAUUGCAGGCCACUUUCCAUAAGCCAAGCAUUUUUCUAUCCCCUGGAGAAAUAAGUUCCAAGAACCCUAUGAGGAGGAGAGCUACCCCUAUUUUAAAGUCAAGCAAAAUGAAGACUUGAUAUGAUUUAGCAACAUUUAUAAUGACAAUCUCCAGUAACUUGAUGUUUUUUUCAUUUCUUCCCCUAAAUUCACUUGCUUCACAGCAGAAGCUUAGACUUGUUUACCAAUUAUCCCCCAUAUUUGACACAUGGAAAGGAAAUGCUUAGAAAAAUGUAUGGGUCAAUCAGGAGCAAAAUAUGGCACUGUAGUUAAUGUUAACUGAAGAGUUAAAUGCUUGGUUAGAAAUAAUUACAAACAAAAAUCUUUUACAAUUUCUGAGAUUCUCAUAUUAUUAAAUGUCAGAAUACACUUGUCCUGGAAAGUCAGAAGUAAUAUCCACUCUUUGGUGAAGGUGUUCCUGCACCCGCUGUCUGACAGGGUCACAGUGUAGGGGAUGCUGCGGCAGGGCCGCACCAUCUGGAAACUGGAACCAUUAGAAAUGUUAAGUAUUUUGUUUAUGAUCCCCAUGAUAUGGAUAACAGGGCAUAUGUCAAUCAAUAAUAAAAGUACAUAUUGCCUGAGAUUGCAGGAAAAUUCCCAGAAUGAGACUAAG